AAUAGUAUUAUGUGAGGAAAGUCACAAUCUUCUCUCUCACUUUCUUUUGGUCCCAAUUGCCAAUUGCCAUGUCUAUUCUCUCUAUCAUUUUAGUCAACUUAGGUCUUCUCUUCCUACAGUUCACUGUUCACAUUCACACCUACACUACAUUUAUCAUCUUUUUUUCCAAUUCCAUUUUUGGAGUCACCUCAAACAAAAAUUUUCUGCUCAAAUCUUGAUUUGGGUACGUAAUUUGAGUUUUUGAUGAUGAUUAUGGAGUGGAUUGAGCUUCUUGCUGUUGGGCCAUGCUGAUUUCUUGAUUUUUCAAGGGAGAAAAAUAUUUUUCCAUUUUUGGGUCCUUUAAAUUCAACAUAUUUUGCUUAAAUCUUGAUUUGGAUGCUUAAUUUGAGCUUAUGAUAAUGAUUAUGAAGUUGGGUUGAGCUUCUUGUUGCUGGAUCAAGCUGAAAUUAUGUGUUCUAGCUGUACAACAAGCAGUUAUUAAUUUGGUGGUCAGAAUUAGGGGUUUCAUCACAUUUUGACUAAUUUUCUCCCCACAAUUAUUUUAGGUUCAUUACAUAAUAUGGUUGGGAGUUUAGGUGGAAGUACCGACCUUGAUAGCCAGUCAGUUGACAGCUCCCAAGCUGAGAAAUUGCAUGUAGAGCCCAUCUUCGGACCAUUUGUUUGCCCUUUAACAAAGCAAGUCAUGCGCGAUCCGGUUGCAAUAGAAAAUGGGCACACAUUUGAACGAGAGGCAAUUGAGCAAUGGUUUAAAGAAUGCAAGGAGAGUGGAAGGAAGCCUAUAUGUCCAUUAACUUUGAAAGAUCUAAAAACCACAAAUUUGAACCCUAGUAUAGCUCUAAGGAACACGAUUGAAGAAUGGACUGCUAGAAAUGAAGCCGCUCAGCUUGAUAUGGCACGUAGAUCAUUAUCAACAGGCACUUCAGAAGAGGAAAUUUUUGAAGCUUUGAAAUGUGUGGAAAAUAUUUCAAAAGAAAGCAGAUAUAACAAACAUGCAGUUCAUAAUUCAGAGAUAGUACAUUUAAUUAUUGAAAUGCUUAGGAAUAGCAGCUGGAAAGUUCGAAUUAAAGCAUUGGAAACUCUUCGGGUCAUAGCAGAACAAGACUCAGAUAUGAAGGAAGUUAUGGGUGAAGGAGGUACUGUACGUACUAUAGUGAAGUUCUUGUCAGAGGGGGUUUCGGAGAAGGAGAAAGAAGAAGCAAUCUCUUUGCUAUAUGAGCUUUCUAAAUCUAAAAAACUUUCUGAGAAAAUUGGCUCAACCAGUGGAGCUAUUCUAUUCUUGGUUAGGAUGACUAGUAGUAAGUCAACAGAAAACAUUUCCACUGUUGAGAAUGCUCAUAAAACACUUGAUAAUCUGGUACAGAGCGAAAAUAAUGUGCGGCUGAUGGCAGAAAAUGGUAGAUUGCAGCCUCUCUUGAAAUUGCUUCUUGAAGGAACUCCUGAUACUAAAUUAGCAAUGGCUUCAAUCCUUGGUGACCUGGUUCUGAAUAAUGAAUUUAAGGUACAGGUAGCUGAAACUGUGGGUUCAGCACUCGUCAAUCUUAUAAGAAAUCAUGACAUAGAAUCUAGAGAAGCCUCCUUGAAAGCGCUGAAUCAGAUAUCAUCAUGUGAUGCAAGUGCCAAAGUCUUAAUUGAAGCUGGAAUUCUUCCUCCGUUGGUGAAUGACCUUUUUGGUUAUGGGGGUGCCAAACAUCUUCCCGUGCGGCUCAAAGAGGUUUCGGCUACUAUUCUUUCAAAUGUGGUGAAUUCAGGAUACGAAGUUGAUUCAAUUAUAAUAGGGCCUGAAAACCAGAGUCUAAUUUCCCAAGAUACAAUACACAGGCUCCUUCAACUGAUCAACAACACGGGUCCAUCAAUUGCUUGCAAGCUUCUCCAGGUUCUUGUCGGACUAACCAGUUAUCGUAAAACGGUUCUAAAUGUGGUUGCUGCCAUAAAAAAUUUGGGUGCUACUGUCAGUUUGGUCCAGUUCAUUGAGGAGCGGGAUCUGUGUUUAGCUGGCAUAAAACUUCUGCAUAAUCUCUCAACUUUCAUGGCAGAAGAACUAGCUGAUGCUUUACUUGCUGCUGAUCAGCUUGGAGCCCUUGUCAGAACUAUUUCAGAUAACAAUGGAAUCACCGAAGAGCAAGCUGCCGCAGUUGGGUUAUUGGCUGAACUUCCAGAAAAACAUCUUGCUCUAACUCGAAGAAUGCUUGAAGAAGAUGCUUUUAGGCUUAUCUUAUCUAGAGUGUUAAGGAUCAGGCAUGGGGAGGCAAGGGGUGGUCGCUUCAUAACUCCAUACUUAGAAGGGCUAGUUCGAUCUCUUGCUAGGGUGACAUACGUGAUAGCUGAAGAUCCCGAGUCACUGGCAUUUUGCCGUGACAAUAAUCUCAGAGAGGUAUUCACCGAGUUACUUCAUGCCAAUGGGAUUGACAAUGUUCAAAUAGCUUCCGCAGGGGCUUUAGAAAACCUUUCUCGAAUAUCCAAAAAUUUGACUAAAAAGCCCAAUCGUCCACCACCUGGUAUGUUUGCAUCAAUAUUUGCUUGUUUUAGCAGACCCCAAGAAAUAUCUGGAUUAUGCAUGGUUCAUCAAGGUCUCUGUUCUUUGAAGGAGACAUUUUGCCUCGUGGAGGAUCAUGCCAUUGAAAAGCUGGUCGCCCUUUUAGAUCACUCGAAUGACAAAGUUAUUGAGGCUUCACUUGCUGCUUUGUCCACUUUGUUAGAUGAUGGAGUAAGCAUUGAAAAUGGGGUCAUAAUAUUGCACAACUCUGAUGCAACGAAACCCAUUUUAGAUAUUUUGGUGGAUAACCGAACAGAAAACCUGCGGAACAAGGUAGUUUGGGUAGUUGAGAGACUCUUACGGAUUGAUCAAAUCGCAUAUCAAAUUUCAAACAAUCAAAGUGUUGGAACCGCACUUGUUGAUGCUUUCCAGCAUGGAGACAACCACACUCGACAAAUUGCUGAGCGUGCCUUGAAGCACAUCGAUAGGAUUCCAAACUUCUCGGGGAUAUUCCCCAACAACGGAUAGUUACUGGUUCUCUCUCUCUCUCUCUCUCUAUUUUGCUUCCGGAGAACUAAUCUGCAUAGUGAAGACUUGAUACACACAAAUCACAACCCAUCUCACAAAAGUUCGUAAGUUUGUUAUGUCAGUGUUCUGUUACUCCAUUGUUUCAAUCUUUUUUAUUUAUAAUAUUAUUUCCAGCAUCAUUGAGAAACUUGUAAAUUUUGGUAAUUCUUACCUUAUAUUCGAGUGUAGAAUCACAUUAUGCACAAUUUAAUUUCUCAAACUAAAAGCAAUAUGAGUGAUUUUGAAUUGAUAUUCGCGCUUUCUUUCGGUCGUUCUGCCUCAUCCUUUUUAGGAUUCAGAACUGAUAAUUACACAGUAGCUGCUGUCAACAUUGCAUCUCAGGUGUAGCAGCCUCUCUUUGGUUUUGAAACGCCCGUAAAAGCCAGCCAGCUUAUAAUGUUGUAUUACAUUUAGAUAAGGAAUUUCUAAUCCACACCCUUCCUAAUCCAUAGCACCGCAUCCAUGGGCAAGGUAAGGUUUUUGUAUACAGUUUUGAUGCUGUACACACAAGUACACUCUUCCAUUGAUUCAUGUUUAUACCCACCAUCUCAUCAAUAACCUUCACAAUUUGUCACAAUUUGUCUCAUUAUUCAACUUGUGUUUUUCUUUCAUGGAUAAAAUGAUUUUCACAAAUUCUUGUAAGAGAGACCAUCUCUAAUUAGGCUGGUCAAUUAUAUAAUUUUUAAAAUAUUGUAAAUAAACAUUAAGA